AUGGCCAGUGUUGCUCCCUCAUACAUCAGCUACUGUCUCCUCGUUCACAAGAUGCGCACAAUGAUCUUGACUGUAGUUUUUGCCUGCGCUAUGUCCGCUGCUGCACUUCCAACGCCGGAGGGCACUGCCCCUCCCUCACUGCCCCCCGGCUUCACUCUCCCGCCGGAGAUGGUUGCGAAGAUCAAUGCCGGACUACCACCAGUUCCCAAACCCAAGCCCCCCGCGCCCCCUCCGCUGCCCCCCGGCUUCACUCUCCCGCCGAAGAUAGUUGCGCAAAUCAAUGCCGGACUACCACCAGUUCCCAAACCCAAGCCCCCCGCUCCCCCUCCGCUGCCCCCAGGCUUCACUCUCCCGCCGAAGAUAGUUGCGCAAAUCAAUGCCGGACUACCUCCGGCACCCAAACCCAAGCCCCCCGCGCCCCCUUCGCUGCCCCCAGGCUUCACUCUCUCGCCAGAGAUGGUUGCGAAGAUCAAUGCCGGACUACCGCAGCCAAAGAAAGCGAAGACGCCCGCGGACAAGAAAAACUAG